AUGGACAUCGCGGACGACGACGACGACGACUACCCCGGCUUCAUGGGCCGCGCCUGGGCGGACGACGACGCCGACGACCUCGGCGUCUCCAUCACCCCGGAUCAGCGCCGAGCCGCGGUGCGCCGCGGCGGCGGCGUCGCGGAUGACGACGGCUCGAACGCGCGCGCCGCGGGGGACGACGAGAGCGACGACGACGGGGACGCGGCGAACAUGUGGAUCGACGCCGCGACGGAGAUGCGCAAACGCAUCGACGACCGGGAACGUGCCGACAUGGAGCUCCUGGGACGCGGCUCCAACGAUCCUCGCGAUCGGGACUGGACUCGGGACGACAUAAUCGCCGACGCGGGCGCGUCUUGGUUUGAAAACGACGAGGACUGGUACGAACCCGAGUACAAGGCGGUCGACGCCCCGGACGGCAGCGUGCUCGAGAAGGUGCAGCGGCUAAACCUGCGCCAACCGAAAGAGUUUGGUUUCUCCGACGGCGAGUACUUUGACCUCACCGGGUACGUGAAGGACAACACGGAUAACCAAUUCGCCCUCGUGCUCGAAGUCGCGGAGCGGGCUCGGGAGCGGAGGAUCGAACACCUGGAGUCGAUGAACCCCGCGCCGCCCGACCAGGUGCUGCCGCCGAUCCAGCAGGCCAUCGUGGACCUCGCGUUGGAGGUUGAGACGAGCGGCGGGAAGACGAGCGCGUUUCUCGCGAUGCGAGAGGCGGCGGAUAGGGCUCGACUGCGGUGGGAGCUUCAGGAGGCGGCUUGGGCGUGGGACAACUACUGCGAGGAGCAGAUGCCGGCGCUCGGCGUGAGCGAGCGCGCGGCGAGGUUGCUGCACAUGGGCAAGAGGGUCGAAGACGCGAUGGACUUCGAGAAGGAUCUCAACAUGCACAACGCGGACUACAACAUCAGGACCAGAUGA